AAGAUUAUUCAAACCUUAAAACUAGUAGCAGCCAGUAUAUGUGGUGGUUUAAUAUGAAUUCAUUUCAAUUUGUCUGAAGUAAUGACAUGUGUUUGUAGAGUGCGGUGCUUGAGUCGCAGCUAACUCGAUAGCCGUGCAGAAACAACAACAACAACAACGACUGAGCAGUGAUGUCCAUUAUUAGUGUCGCAGAAGGAUUGUUUGUGAAUGCUGCCGUUCGCAGUCUUGGGAUUAAUCGUAUGGAUAUUAUUGUUUCUGUGGAGGAUUAAUACCAAGAUGCUAGCGAUGCCCGUGAAAGGAGAGGAAUCUCCCCCUGGCUGUGGUGCGCCUGCAGCAGAGGAGGAUAAGCCCGCUACACAAUCCCCUCAUCCGGGGGAACAUUCCCUUUCAACAGCUCCUAACGCAGUAACACAAAAUGGAGACAUCAGUCCUCAGGGAGACAGUAGUCCUGCCUCUACGGGUCUUGAAGUUCAAACAGUGAAGGCUCUGCAGGCGUCCUCUGAGGUUAGUUCAGAAAAGCCAUCAUUGCGACCGAACACCCAGAGACCUUUCAGACCCAGAGGGCCAAUGCUCAGCUCAGGGCCCGAGGACAGGCAACGCCUCAAGUUCAUCCUCGGAGCGUCGGAGGAUAACUCUUCAGACGAGGAGCCUCUGGUCUCCAAACCUCCCAGCGGCGCAGCUCAGCCCCCGCCCUCCGCCCCCAAACCCUCUCCUGAUGUGGCGUCCUCUGCAGCGCCUCAGAACAUCUCCCCAGGCAUGAAGCCUAGCAUGUCUGGUCUUCACUUGGUGAAGAAAGGACAUAACUACAGAAAGAUGGAUCAGAGGGACUUCACCGUGGCCUCUCCUGCCGAGUUUGUCACCCGAUUUGGUGGCAACCGUGUCAUUGAAAAAGUGCUGAUUGCUAACAACGGUAUAGCUGCAGUGAAAUGCAUGCGCUCUAUCCGCCGCUGGUCCUACGAAAUGUUUCGCAAUGAGAGGACCAUUCGUUUUGUUGUCAUGGUAACCCCUGAAGACUUGAAAGCCAAUGCAGAAUACAUCAAAAUGGCAGACCAUUAUGUGCCUGUGCCUGGUGGAGCCAACAAUAACAACUACGCCAACGUAGAGCUGAUAGUGGACAUUGCCAAAAGAAUCCCAGUUCAGGCUGUAUGGGCCGGCUGGGGUCAUGCCUCAGAAAAUCCCAAACUGCCUGAGCUGUUGGACAAAGCAGGGAUAUCCUUUCUGGGGCCAUCCAGUCAGGCCAUGUGGGCCCUCGGGGAUAAAAUUGCUUCUUCCAUUGUGGCUCAGAGUGCUGGCAUUCCCACGCUACCAUGGAGCGGAUCAGGUCUGAAAGUGGACUGGGAAGAGGAAGACAAUUUUCUGGGCAAUGUUAUCAGUGUUCCUCCGGAGAUCUACACACAGGGCUGCGUUCUUGAUGUAGACGAUGGGAUGAAAGGGGCUGAACAAAUUGGUUAUCCGGUUUUUAUCAAGGCCUCUGAAGGUGGAGGUGGAAAGGGUAUCCGGAAAGUAGAAAACUCUGAGGAUUUUCCGAGUCUCUUUAGACAGGUUCAGACAGAGGUGCCCGGGUCGCCCAUCUUCGUCAUGCAGCUGGCUCAGCAUGCCAGACACCUCGAGGUGCAGAUCCUGGCGGAUGAAUAUGGAAACGCCAUCUCUCUGUUUGGACGAGACUGCUCCAUCCAGAGAAGGCACCAGAAGAUCAUAGAGGAGGCUCCGGCCACGAUAGCCUCUGCCUCAACAUUUGAGCAAAUGGAACGGCAUGCUGUGCGGCUGGCCAAGAUGGUGGGUUAUGUGAGUGCGGGCACUGUGGAAUAUCUUUUCUCUGAAGACGGGAGUUUCCAUUUCCUGGAGCUGAAUCCUCGGCUGCAGGUGGAGCAUCCCUGCACGGAGAUGAUUGGAGAUGUAAACCUGCCAGCUGCCCAACUUCAGAUAGCGAUGGGCAUCCCCAUUCAUAGAAUUAAGGACAUCCGCUUGCUUUAUGGAGAAAGUCCGUGGGCCGACACCAUCAUAAACCUCGAGAAUCCAGAGUGCAUGCCAAGUCCAAGAGGUCACGUCAUAGCUGCACGCAUCACCAGUGAGAACCCCGAUGAGGGGUUCAAGCCCAGCUCUGGCACUGUGCAGGAGCUGAACUUCCGCAGCAGUAAAAAUGUCUGGGGUUAUUUCAGCGUGGGGGCGACUGGAGGCCUGCAUGAAUUUGCAGACUCCCAGUUUGGACACUGUUUCUCCUGGGGCGAGAACCGUGAAGAAGCCAUUUCGAACAUGGUGGUGGCUUUGAAGGAGCUGUCCAUCCGAGGUGACUUCAGGACCACUGUUGAAUACCUCAUUAAGUUACUGGAGACAGAAAGCUUCAGAAACAAUGACAUUGACACCGGAUGGCUGGAUCAUCUCAUUGCAGAGAAAGUGCAGGCGGAGAGACCAGAUACCAUGCUGGGUAUUGUUUGUGGGGGUUUACAUGUUGCAGACACAAGCUUCAGAAAGAGCAUGUCUGACUACCUGCAUUCCCUGGAAAGAGGCCAAGUACUGCCUGCAGCCAGUCUCCUCAACUCUGUCAAUGUGGACUUAAUAUAUGAAGGAGUCAAGUUCUGCCUCAAGGUUUCUCGCCAAUCCCCAACAACGUAUGUCAUCAUGAUGAACUGCUCCAACAUAGAGAUUGAUGUCCACAGGCUGAAUGAUGGCGGCCUCCUGCUGUCCUACGACGGCAGCAGCCACACCACCUACAUGAAGGAGGAAGUGGACAGCUACCGAAUCACCGUCGGCAACAAGACUUGUGUGUUUGAGAAGGAGAAGGAUCCCACGGUGCUGAGGGCGCCCUCUGCUGGGAAACUGCUGCAGUACAUGGUGGAUGACGGAGGUCACGUGUGUACUGGAGAGAUCUAUGCAGAGAUUGAGGUGAUGAAGAUGGUGAUGACGUUGACCGUGCAUCAGUCUGGUUGUGUCAACUUUGUAAAGAGACCUGGAGCGGUUCUUCAGCAGGGCUGCGUGGUGGCACGUUUAGACCUGGAUGACCCCAGCAGUAUACACCGGGUGGAACUCAACACAGCCAUACUGCCACCCCAGCAACCACUGCCUAUUGUUGGGGAAAAGCUUCACCAAGUGUUUCACUGUGUGCUCGAAAACUUGAUUAAAGUCAUGGGCGGCUUCUGCCUGGAAGAGCCAUUCUUCAGCCUUAAGCUGAAACUGUGGGUGGCUUCUCUGAUGAAGACUUUGCGGGACCCCUCGCUGCCGCUGCUGGAGCUGCAGGAGAUCAUGACCAGCUUGGCGAGCCGCAUUCCCCCCAGUGUGGAGAAUGACAUCCGUAAAGUCAUGGCCCAGUAUGCCAGCAACAUCACCUCGGUCCUCUGCCAGUUCCCUAGCCAACGAAUUGCAAAUAUUCUAGACAGCCAUGCAGCAACCCUACAGAGGAAGGCUGACCGAGAAGUGUUCUUCAUGAACACUCAGAGUAUCGUUCAGCUGGUACAGAGGUACCGCAGUGGGAUUCGUGGUUACAUGAAGUCUGUGGUUCUUGAUCUGCUGAAGCGAUACCUGCAAGUGGAGAUGCAGUUUCAGCAAGCUCACUAUGACAAGUGUGUUAUCAACCUGAGGGAGCAGCACAAACCUGACAUGAGUCCUGUGCUGGACAUCUUCUCUCAUGCCCAGGUCUUCAAGAACCUCCUAGUCACAAUGCUCAUAGACCAGCUGUGUGGACGGGAUCCCAUGCUAGCUGACGAGCUGAUGGCCAUUCUGAACGAGCUAACGCAGCUUAGCAAGAUGGAGAACUCCAAGGUGGCUUUGAGAGCCAGACAGGUCUUGAUUGCCUCCCAUUUACCAUCGUACGAACUGAGGCACAACCAGGUGGAGUCCAUCUUCCUGUCGGCCAUUGACAUGUACGGCCACCAGUUUUGUCCAGAGAACUUGAAGAAACUCAUUCUCUCCGAAACCUCCAUUUUUGACGUUUUGCCCAAUUUCUUCUAUCACACCAAUCAAGUCGUCUGCAUGGCUGCCUUGGAGGUGUAUGUGCGCAGAGCUUACAUCGCCUAUGAGCUGAACAGCAUCCAGCACCACCAGCUGCAGGAUGGCACAUGUGCUGUAGACUUCCAGUUUAUGCUGCCAACAUCACAUCCCAACAGGUGUCCCGUUCCAGUGAGCGGAUCAAGCGUGUUUAAAAUGAGGCGUCAGAGCAGUGAACUUUUCCUGGAGGGAGCCUUGUCUCCACCCUGCCAGCGCAUGGGAGCCAUGGUGGCUUUCCAGUGUUUUGAAGAAUUCAAAAGGAAUUUUGAUGAAGUUCUCUCCAGCUUUGCAGAGCCACCCUCAGAGAGCGCUCCGUUCACAGAGUCCUGCUCCAGCCUCUUUGAGGAGAUGAACUCCAGGAACACGAGGGAAAACCCAAUCCACAUCAUUAAUGUGUCCAUAAAAACAGCAGACACUGAAGACGACGAUGCGUUGGUUUCAACCUUCACUGCCUUUGCCGAGUCAAAGAAAGCUGUCCUCUUUGAAUAUGGAAUCAGGAGAAUCACAUUUUUGAUUGCACAGAAGAGAGAAUUUCCCAAGUUCUUCACUUUCAGAGCUCGAGAUGGGUUCAAGGAGGAUCGUAUUUACCGUAACCUGGAGCCGGCUUUAGCUUUUCAGCUUGAGCUCAACCGCAUGAGGAACUUUUACCUGAAGGCCGUUCCCUGCGCCAACCACAAGAUGCAGCUGUACCUCGGCGCUGCUCGCGUCCAGGAGGGGGCUGAAGUCACGGACCACCGCUACUUCAUACGAGCUAUUAUCCGCCACUCAGAUCUCAUCACAAAGGAAGCCUCCUUUGAAUACCUUCAAAAUGAGGGUGAACGUCUUCUGUUGGAGGCCAUGGAUGAGUUGGAGGUGGCCUUCAGUAACACCAGCAUCCGCACAGACUGCAACCACAUCUUCCUCAACUUUGUCCCCACUGUCAUUAUGGACCCCUCUAAAAUAGAGGAGUCUGUUCGCUCCAUGGUGAUGCGCUACGGCAGCCGUCUCUGGAAGCUGCGGGUCCUGCAGGCUGAGCUGAAGAUCAACAUCCGUUUGACUACAACUGGGGACGCCAUUCCCGUCCGUCUGUUUCUUACCAAUGAGUCUGGCUAUUACCUGGACAUUAGCCUUUACAAUGAGGUCACUAACCCCUGUUCUGGACAGAUCAUGUUCCAGUCAUAUGGAGAUAAGCAGGGUCCUCUGCAUGGCAUGCUGAUCAACACUCCCUAUGUGACCAAAGACCUGCUGCAGGCCAAGCGCUUCCAGGCUCAAACUCUGGGGACAACAUACGUCUAUGACUUCCCUGAGAUGUUCCGACAGGCAUUAUUCAAGCUGUGGGGUCCGGGGGGAAAAUGCCCUAAAGACGUGCUGAUGUGCACCGAGCUGGUUCUGGACCCUCAAGGUCAACUUGGGCAGAUGAACCGCCUGCCUGGAGACAAUGAUGUGGGGAUGGUUGCCUUCAGGAUGAAUAUGAAGACUCCAGAGUACCCACAGGGCAGAGAUAUCAUCGUCAUCUGCAACGACAUCACGCACACGCUCGGCUCAUUCGGUCCUCAAGAAGACGUGCUGUUCCUCAAGGCGUCUGAGUUGUCUCGGGCCGAGGGCAUCCCCCGCAUUUACAUCGCAGCGAACAGUGGAGCACGCAUCGGCCUCGCUGACGAGAUCAAACACAUGUUCCAGGUGGCCUGGGUUGACCCCUCUGACCCCUACAAGGGUUUCAAGUACCUUUACCUGACACCGCAGGACUACACACGCAUCAGCUCCACCAACGCUGUUCACUGCCACCAUGUAGAGGAGGGUGGAGAGUCCAGGUACAUCAUCACUGACGUCAUCGGGAAGGACGACGGUAUCGGGGUGGAGAACCUGCGAGGUUCUGGCACCAUUGCAGGAGAAUCCUCUCAGGCCUAUGAGGAGAUUAUUACCAUUAGUAUGGUGACGUGUCGUGCUAUCGGAAUCGGAGCUUAUCUGGUCCGUUUGGGACAGAGAGUGAUUCAGGUGGAAAACUCUCACAUUAUCCUGACUGGGGCAAGUGCUCUUAACAAGGUUCUGGGCCGAGAAGUUUAUACCUCCAACAACCAGCUGGGAGGGAUCCAGAUCAUGCACAAUAAUGGAGUGACUCACACCACCGUGCCAGAUGACUUUGAGGGCGUCUUCACCAUCCUCAAGUGGCUCUCCUAUAUGCCAAAGAACAAACACUCCCCCGUGCCGGUCAUAUCGACUACAGAUUCAGUAGACCGAGAGAUAGAAUACACUCCGACCAAAGCACCGUACGACCCACGCUGGAUGCUGGCGGGGAGACCUCACCCCACGGUGAGAGGGGCCUGGCAGAGCGGAUUUUUCGACCAGGGCUCUUUCAUGGAGAUCAUGGAGUCUUGGGCUCAGACAGUGGUAGUGGGCAGAGCACGGUUAGGAGGAAUUCCCCUUGGUGUCAUUGCUGUUGAAACUCGCACAGUUGAGUUCACCAUCCCAGCAGAUCCAGCCAACCUGGAUUCAGAAUCUAAAGUUCUGCAGCAGGCCGGCCAAGUGUGGUUUCCAGAUUCAGCUUUUAAAACGGCUCAAGUUAUUUGUGACUUCAACCGUGAGGGUCUGCCUCUCAUGGUGUUCGCCAACUGGAGGGGCUUCUCUGGUGGGAUGAAAGAUAUGUACGACCAGAUACUGAAGUUUGGGGCCUACAUCGUGGACGCCCUGCGUGCUUUCCAUCAGCCGGUGUUAGUGUACAUCCCACCUCACGCUGAGCUGAGGGGGGGGUCGUGGGUGGUGAUAGAUCCCACCAUCAACCCACUGUGUAUGGAGCUCUAUGCAGACAGGGAGAGCAGAGGUGGUGUGCUGGAGGCUGAGGGAACAGUGGAGAUCAAAUUCAGGAGGAAAGACCUGCUGAAGACCAUGAACAGACUUGAUUCAGUCUAUGCUAGUCUGGUUGAGCAGCUUGGUAAAGCUUCUCCAGCGCUGUCUGACAAACAGAGCAAAGAGCUGGAGUCAAAGCUCAAAGCCAGGGAGGAGUUCCUGUUGCCCAUCUACCACCAGGUGGCGGUGCAGUUUGCUGAUCUCCAUGACACCCCGGGGAGGAUGCAGGAGAAGGGUGUCAUCACGGAUAUUUUGGACUGGAAGAAUGUGCGGACCUUCUUCUACUGGCGUCUGCGUCGGCUGCUGCAGGAGCAGGUGGUGAAGCGGGAGAUCCUGCAGGCCAACAAGGACCUGAGCGACGGACACAUGCAGUCCAUGCUGCGCCGCUGGUUUGUUGAGACAGAAGGAACAGUCAAGGCCUACCUCUGGGACAAUAACCAAACAGUAGUCGAGUGGCUUGAGAAGCAUUUGACCAACGAGGAAGGCACUUCAGGAAUAAGAGAAAACAUCAAGUACCUGAAAAAAGAAAACACUUUGAAACACAUCCGCAGCCUGGUGCAGGCUAACCCUGACGUAGCCAUGGACUGCAUCAUCCACAUGAGCCAGAAUAUCACUCCCUCCCAGCGGGCCAAGCUCUCACAUCUGCUCGCAACUAUGGACAGCACCAGCACCAGUUAAGCUGAGAACCUUUAUCCGGUUACUUUAUUGAUAAGAACCAAACAAGAUAUUGUAGUUGGUUGUAUUGUAAAAGAAAAGAGGUGGAAAAUGCACCUUUUUUAGAGUUCUAGUUGGGGCAUUUAUUUGCACACAUGCACAAAGUGACUUGUUCCUCACUCAACCACUACAAUGCUCUUACUGCUGUAAACAAUGCGGUUGAAUGGCUUCGUUGCAGGGCCAUGGUCAUCCGUGCCAGUCUUUGUCUUUUACAUUUGACGUUAGCGGUCAGUCAUUUCAGCUCCUCGCUCCGGGAACUUCGUGGAUCACAAACUGCGACUGUAAUGAACAUUUCACUGGGCUGUAUUUGCACAUGGCAGUUUGUCAGUGUUACAUGUGCCUUGUUCAGUCUAAUCAAGCCAGAUCUGUUCAAACUUGAUGAAGUGCCGUUGGUUCAAUUCGACGUAUUAAAUAGAGAAUUGGUAUUAAACGCAAAGGUGGCUUGAACAACUGAUUAUAUUUUGUAAGAUUUCCAAUUGAAAGUAAAAAUGAAAAAAAAAGAAGAAAUUAAUUGAUUGAUGAUUUCUGAAUUGACUGACAAUGUUUUUAUUGUAAUGCAGAAAUGCACAUGUAGUAACUAAAACGUUUUUGCCAGUAAUAAGUAUUAUUAUGUCCAUCUUUAUAUUGUCAUUUUCAGUCUGUUUAUUUGUAUUGAUGCUGUAGUGUUGUGUGUGCUAAGACUAAGAUAUGAAUGUUAGGAGUUACUGCGACAUUGCAUGUUAUAAUUAUGAACUUUUCUUUCAUUUGUUGGUGUUUCUCUGAUAUAAUGCAGUAAUUCUCAAGACUCAGGUUGUACAUUAAUUUCAAAAAUGGGCCCUCAAGUGAUGGCUUAAUUUAGCUCACCUCUGAUCAAAAUAUCAGCCUUGACAUUUCAUCUGAAUGUAUAUAUACUCUCUUCUGUGUGAUCUACUAAAGACUGUUUGUUAAUAAAUGUCAUUCAUAUA